UAUACACGGGGAGGAGACGGCGCAGGCAAGAGGAUAGCGAAGGACUGCUUUGAUGUCAGCGACGCCGCCCAUUCUACAAGGUCAUAGAUGAGGACGUACGGCCGAAUCCAAGGAUCUCACGAACAUCCGCAGAGACGCUCGGUAUGGUGGUGUGGCUAGCUAAGAUAGCUAGGCGAGGCAACGUAGUGACGUCGAAGCGACAGCGACAGCAACAGCACCAACAAACUAGAGCACGAUAUUCGGCCAACGACAGAGUCGAGGGACAGAUGAAACGAGAUAGGUUGAUAGAGCAACCAAACAAGGCGCCGGGAGUUUUGAGAGUGGCGAAGAGGCGACCGAUCGUGGAGCCAGGCAGCGGUGAUGAUGGAGAGAGGAGGGAAAGGGAAGGGGGAGAGAGGAGGACAAGUUCAGUCGGGCAGGAACCUGAAGACGAGAGACGAUGCGGGGAGGGGAGCCAGAGCGAGAAAAUGGCUGAGGGGGUUGAAACUGGACAACCAAAUCAGGUCGUCUUGAAUGAAGACGGAAGGCUUCUGCUCCUUGUGCUGCUGCUGGCAAACGGCGAGACAGAGCCGCCUAGCGGAUGUCGUAUGUCGAUAGGUGAGGUACUGAGCAGGUGGGGAGUUGAAACAGCGUGGUGGAGAAUUUGCCUUGUUGCCGCACAGUUGGACAGUUCUGAUGCUCAAAGCUAGCGACGCGUAGUGGUGGUGGUGGUUCGCAAUGUG